UUUGAACUGCUAAAAAACAAGUUAUCUACCCCACCAGAGUGAGGCCACAGAACCUACCCCAGUGCCUAAAAUUUCCCUUUCAAAAUCGAUGAGCUUACUGUUUUCAUCAAUUUCUGUUUCUCUUUGAUGUCAAAAUGCAUAAAUAGACAAUCGAGCCAGCCUAUCCCACCUCCUCCUUUUAUCUGAAUCACUCUCUUGCAUUGAUUAUCCUCUGCGCGCAAACUAACCUCACAAAUAUAUAUCCCUUUGACCCUCUUUCUUUAUUUUUGUUUUUGUUUUUGUUGAGAAAUUUUCUUGUGUUCCUCACUCUGUGUUCUCUACAUGAAACAGAGUGUUCUCUAUCACAGAAUAGAGCUGAAUUUUUAUUGCUUUACUUACAAUGAAGUAUCUAAGAACCAACAGCUUGAAGCGCUUGUUUUCAUUAAGAAAAAUAGGUCUUGAUGAAGGUGCUUCCACAAUUCCAAGUCCACGUGAGUCCAUUGAAGAUAACAACAGCAAUGAAAGAAGUUUUAGAACAACCAAGAGUUCUUCUCCUAGACCAACUUGGAAAUGCUUUUCUUUUGAAGAAAUUUCUGUUGCCACCAAUCGGUUCAGCUCAGAGAAUUUGGUUGGUAUAGGAGGCUAUGCUGAGGUCUAUAAGGGAGUUUUUGAAGAUGGAGAGAAGAUAGCUGUCAAAAGGCUUACAAAAUGUUCAACUGAUGACAGAAAAGAGAAGGAUUUCUUGACAGAAAUUGGAACCAUAGGCCAUGUUUCGCAUCCAAAUGUGUUGCCUCUUCUUGGUUGCUGUAUUGACAAUGGCCUUUAUCUCAUUUUUCAAUUUUCCUCUAGAGGCUCAGUUGCUUCUCUUUUUCAUGAUGUGAAUUUGCCACCAUUAGAUUGGAAAAUAAGGUAUAAGAUUGCAGUUGGGACUGCAAGAGGCUUGCAUUACUUGCACAAAGGGUGUCAAAGAAGGAUAAUUCACAGAGAUAUUAAGUCUUCAAACAUUUUAUUGACAGAAGAUUUUGAACCCCAGAUUUCUGAUUUUGGAUUGGCAAAAUGGCUUCCAUCUCAAUGGAGUCACCAUUCAAUUGCUCCAAUUGAAGGCACAUUUGGGCACUUGGCUCCUGAGUACUUCAUGCAUGGAAUUGUGGAUGAGAAAACUGAUGUGUUUGCAUUUGGUGUGUUUUUACUGGAGAUCAUUUCCGGACGGAAACCGGUUGACAGUUCUCACCUGAGUUUACACAGCUGGGCCAAACCAAUUUUGAACCAUGGAGAUCUUGACAAGCUGGUAGAUCCAAGUCUCCAAGGGACCUAUGAUGUCACACAGCUUAAUCAGCUUGCCUUUGCAGCCUCUCUCUGCAUCCGCGAAUCCACCACAUGGCGCCCCACCAUGAGCGAGGUAUUGGAGGUGAUGACAGAGGAAGAGAUAGAUAAAGAGAGGUGGAAAAUGCCUGAGGAAGAAGAAGAUCAACAAGAGUUCUGGGGGUUUGAGGAUCUAGAACAUGAAUGUGACAGCUUCUUUUCAAUGUCUCCUCAAGAUUCAGUCUCUAAUGGAAGUUCUUAAUUAAGGCUAGCAAUGUAGAUGCUUAAGAAAAAUUAUAAUAUUCUCAUAAUUGCCACUGUUGUACGCGUGUAAAUAUUUGUUAUACUGAAUACUAUUGAAAAGUGAUUUUGUCAA